CCAAAACAAAACACCAAGGCUUUCUCCGUCAAAGCAGCAGCAUAUACCCCUAUAUCACGAUCAGGUCUGUGAGGAUACGGGAUGGGCGCUGUCAGCUCAAGAUCUGAGGAUGCGCCUGCUCUGUAUCUCCGGGAUUCCGCAACGAUUGCGCUGAAGAGUAUUACCGUGUCGAAGGGGGAUGCGCCAAGGGAGACUAUGUUCACGAUCACGCCGAAUGUGGAGAGUACGUUUGUUAGUGCGAGGAGUCAUGGGGAUGCUCUGAUUGAGUUUGUUCAGGAUCCGGAUACGGCUUUUCAGACUCAGCUUGCACCGCUGUUGCUUAAGGUUCCCUAUGACGAUGAUCUGAGAUUAACGUUCAACUUCGUCCUGCGACGACCCUUGGGUAAGGAGCGGGAUACGUGUGUGGAGGGGUUAACGUUCAUGAAUGCGCCACAUCGACAAGAACUCGAGUCGCUCCUCACCAAAGAGUUCGUGAUGGACUCGAAUCUGCAAAAACAUCCCAAUGCACGCCUCGUUGCGCAGAGUUUAUCGACGGAUGGGAUGGAAGAGAAGGAGAUCCAGUGGAGUUGGGAUUGGAAUCCGCCCGGUGAGGAGGAUGAACGGCAUCGUGGGUGGAGAAAUACGUGUUGUUUCGUGGAGUAUGACAAGACUGCCGAUACGUUCGCCAUUAUCGCAUCGUUCGCGUUUUGGGUGUCGAAUACGUCGCCGGUGUUGACGACGUUUAUGCCGCCGUUGCACUUCCCGAUUCCGCUUCUUCCGAAUUCCAAUGAUCCGAUGUCUGUUCCCUCAAGUCCGGUGAUGGGGAAGCAACAUGUACCGCCAAGACUGCAUAUUCAGACGACUUCGUUUACGAGUGAGGGGAGUGAGACGAAGGUUGGGAGUGAUUCGCCGGAGAUGAGGACGCCUGUUGCGGAACGGGAGAUGACGGUCUUUGGAUCUCCGCCGACGAGUACGCAGAUGAAUAUGCCGUCGCUGAGUACGGUUCCGACGAAUACCACGGCUAUCGCGAACUCAAAUACCGAGCCGGAGGAUGGACCGUUGUUUAGGGCUACCAUCUCGAGUAUGGAGAAGCAGACUGUGGAGUUGAAGCAGAAGAUUAAGAAGGUUAUGAAGCGUGCUCAGGAGGCGGUUGAUGCGCACAGGGUGGCCACGAAGGCGGAUGAGCGGUUUGUUGAGGCACUUCAGGUUGCUGCUACGUCGAGCACCAGUUUGAAGCCGUUGCUUGAUGUGUAUAUGGAACCUGCGUACCGAGAAUUGAGGUACUUUGCCGAAAACAACGCGUAUCAACUUCAGCAUCGCAUCAUUGAACCGCUGAGACGGCAGUAUGACGCUGACAUCAAAACCAUGGAAACAAAGAAACGCGAUUUCGAGGAUGAGUCGAAGGAGUACUACGGAUUUCUUUCACGUUACCUCUCCCAAAAAUCCGAUGCAAAGGAAAAGAAACAAAUGCAGUCCGAUACAAAAUAUCAGAAAAAGCGGAAGGAUUUCGAACUGCACCGAUUCGACUAUUACUCGUAUAUGCAGGAUAUCCAUGGUGGAAGAAAAGAGGCGGAGAUCGUGGAGAAUGUCACGGAGUAUGCGUGGAAUCAGUUUGAGCACGUUCAGCAGACCGCACGGACGAUCGGGGAGUUGAGGGGUGCGUUGGAGAUGUGUCGGAGUGCUGUACAGCAGUCGAAGAAAGAUUUCCGAGUGUUACGGACGGAGAGGGAGGAGAGGAGGAGACAGUUGGAGACGGGGGAGGUACCGGCGGAGAAGUCAGAGAAGGAGGCGGCGUAUGAUACGUAUAGCGUCGUUGGAAGCGUUGCGGGGAGUACGGCACCUUUAUUGGGUCAGCAUGGGCAGUAUAGCUCGAGUGAGAGUGAGGGCGUGCCGAUUCCGACUGUGACGAAUACGACGGCAGCUAUGCUCAGCCCCAGCCCGCCGAGCAUGUCGAAACCGCAGUUUAAGAGUUUGCCGGAGACGGAAUUUAAUGCUAUCGAUGCUGCGAGACGGAAGGAGGGGCUGUUGUGGGCGUUGUCGAGACCUGCUGGACAUACUGAUCCAAAGGUCGUUCCGAAGAUGAAUUGGCAUAAGUAUUGGGUUGUGCUUGCUGGUGGACAGUUGUGUGAGUACUCGAACUGGAAGCAGCAGCCUGAGUUGCAUAACGCCAUUAACCUCCGAAUGGCGACGGUCAGGGAAGCUCGGAGCGCGGAUCGGCGAUUCUGUUUCGAAGUCAUUACACCGCAGUUCAAGAGGGUUUACCAGGCGACGAGUCAGGAGGAUAUGCAGAGCUGGAUCUCGGUUAUCUCGAAUGCGAUUGGGUCGGUGCUUGAAGGCUCGAGUUCGAUCAGGCAUUUCGAGAAGACGAAGUUUAGGGGGAGUAUCGAUACUGGGCUUGGCGUGAAUGUUGGUGAGGUAUUGAGGAGCUCGAGUAAGAAGAGUCCGAUGCCGCCUCAGAUUCGACCGAGUUCGAGUAAUAGACCUCCGCCGCAGCAGACGGGGUAUUUUGAUGAUCCGGCGUUGAAGCACGCGGCGGAGGAAGCCGAGGCAUUGAAUCUCUUGAAGAAGGUUAGGGAAGCGGAUCCGACAAACACCAGCUGUGCGGAUUGUGGGAGUCAGAAUAAGGCGGAGUGGGUCGCUAUCAACUUUGGUGCUGUUGUGUGUAUCGAGUGUUCGGGUGUUCACCGCUCGCUUGGUACGCAUAUCUCGAAGAUGCGAUCACUUACGCUGGAUACGAAGGCUAUGACGCCUGACCUUGUGGAUCUGCUCGUUGCGCUCGGAAAUCGGAAGCAUAACACCAUUUGGGAGGCGACGUUGGCUGAAAUGCCCGGACCCAUCGCUGCACCGAAACCGAGCCCGAGUAGUGCGAGAGAGGUGAAGGUUAAGUUCGUUCAGGCAAAGUAUGUGCACAGGGCGUAUGUCCGCACGACGGAUACAGCUUCUGCGAAUGCAUUGUUGCUUGAGGCUAUUCAGAGGAGGGACGUGUUUGUGGCUAUGUCGGCGCUCGCUGCGGGCGCUGAGCCGAAUGUGAAGAAGCCUGGUACGGAGAUGUCGGCUGUGUUGAUUGCUAUCCUCGCGGCUGUGCCCGAGACCGCUCUUGCUGAGGACAAGCUUGCCACGUCGGCUGAGGCGCACGAGGAUUACCAUGGGACUUAUCCUAUCGCUGAAUUGCUGCUGCAGAACGGUGCUGAGGUACCGACUCUUACGCACGAGCUGGUAAAGAAGCUUCCAUUAAGCGCAAAGAUCUACCUCGCACAAAAGGCAUCGCGAUCAGGUGCGCCUCAGACGCAAAGCACGCCUACACGACAACCUUCCGUCAGGCAGCAGCCGCCCGUGGGUUUGGGAUUGAUGCAGGGCGGCGGGAGUACGAGUUCGCUGGCGAACGGCUUAGCUGCGAUGAAUAUCAACAACACGAAUGGAGUGAAGGGGGUGAAUCCUGCUUUGCAGCGCAUACCGACCGGGAGUGGGAAAAUGCCCAGACUGGCGAGCCCAUGAUCGAACAUUUAGGUAAUAAGGCGUGGUGGUGACGAUAUACUUUUGAGUUUUGGGGGUUUUAUGGAUGGCGUUACAUAAUUCUGGGCUUGGAAUCUAAUGCGUAAUCUUGAAGACGCGAACGAGGCCUUCUCAAGAAGGAUAAUCUAAUAUGAUUGAAGCUUGAAACCAAAAAGCGUUAUCGAACACUAAAUCCUGGGAUAUCAUAAG